UAUUAUAUCCCUGCGCUCUCCGCCUAUAAAUAGUGCCCCCAACAAGCUGCAAACGAUCACAGGUUGCAGUGCCACAGUUCCAGGCAGGAGAUCUGAGACAUAAGCUCUAGCUACCUGCAGUCUGAGGAUCUACGCUAGCUAUCAAGCUAUCUGUUGUGCUGCGUAGGAGUACGACGUGGUAGCUAGCCAUGGUGAAGAAAGUGGCCGUGCUGGCGACGUUGCUGGCCCUCAACCUCCUUUUGUUUGGCUUCGCGGACGCAUGCGGAUAUGAUGGGGGCGGGAGCGGAGGCACCGGUGGGAGCGGCACUAGCGGAGGUGGUAGUGGCAGUGGCGGCACCAGUGGAGGCGGCAGCGGAGGAGGUGGAAGCGGUGGAGGCGGCAGUGGAGGGGGUGGGAACGGAGGCGCCGGAGGGAGCAGUGGGGGCGGCAGCAUCGGAGGUGGUAGUGGCGGACGUGGCAGCGGUGGAGGUGGAAGUGGAGCAGGUGGCAGCGGUGGAGGUGGCAGUGGAGCAGGUGGGAAUGGAGGAGGAGCGGGUGGGAGCGGUGGAGGCGGCAGCGGAAGUGGUGGUAGCGGCAGCGGAGGCGGUGGUAGCGGAAGCGGAGGCGGCGGGGCACUCGAGCGUUGCCCCAUGGACACACUGAAGUUAGGUGUGUGCGCCAACGUGCUGAAUGGGCUGAUCAACGUGACCCUGGGGACACCGCCCAAGACGCCAUGCUGCACAUUGAUCCAGGGGCUGGCAGACCUAGAGGCGGCGGUGUGCCUCUGCACCGCGCUCAAGGCCAACAUCCUGGGGAUUAACCUCAAUCUGCCCAUCAACCUCAGCCUCCUCGUCAACUACUGCGGCAAGGACGUCCCCUCGGGCUUCCAGUGCUCCUGAAGAGCCAUGAUCCAUCCAAUCAAGUCUUCAUGAAAAUUCAUAUUUAUCAUGUAUUUUUCAUCUAUUACUCGUGUUUUCAUGUAUUUUUUGUAAAAACACUAUCAGUCAUAGUGCUGCUAUAGCAGCGCUAUAGCUACACACCUGCUGAAAAAAGUUGCCGCUAUUUAUAAUAGCCCGCUUUUUUAAA